AUGCGCAGCUCUCGCGAGGAACGGCGCGUUCUGAGUAUGCGCAGAGGGAGCCGCAGCGCCCAUAUUCGGCAGGCCGCAGCGGUCACUCAAUUCAUCAGGACUCAGGAUUGUCGAUCUUUGAUUGUGGAGAAGAAAGGCUUGUCUAUUGGUAAAGGUUUCAAUCGUCAGUGUGCAUGGAACAGCACUGACUGCCCCGAAUGUGGGAAGCGAUUCGCUCAGUUAGCCCACCUGCGAACACACCAGCGGAUUCACACAGACGAGAAACCCUUUAACUGCUGUGAAUGUGGGGGCUGGUUUAAAACCUCUGAAGAACUGACUACACACCAGUUGAUUCACACUGAUAAGCCAUUUUGCUGCUCUCAAUGUGGCGAGAGGUUCCAACAAUCCUCUGAGCUUCUCGGCCAUCAGUGGGUUCACACUGGGGAGAGGCCGUUCACCUGUUCUGUGUGUGGGCAGGGAUUCAUUCAGUCCUCAGACCUACGGGCACACCAGCGUGGGCAUGCCAAGGAGAGUCCAUAUAUCUGCUCUGAGUGUGGAACGAACUUCAUGAAUGCUCCCAAACUGCUGCGACACAAGUGGGUUCACUCCGAGGAGAAACCAUUUAAUUGCUCCGUGUGUGGGAAAGGAUUCAUUUACCCUUCGCUGCUGGAAAGUCACAUACGCAGCCAUACCGGUGACAGGCCGUUCAUCUGCUGGAGAUGUGGGAAGGGAUUCACUCGGUUGUCCAGUUUGCAGAUACACCAACAUGUCCGUACAGGCGAGAGACCUUUUAAAUGCUCUGGUUGCAGAAACACUUUUAAAAACUCAGCAGAACUGAUUAAGCGCCGAUGA